AUGAGCAUCGUGCUCCAUGUAUCGAUCCUCAGCGGGCAGACUGCGGCGAUUGCCGUAGAUCCCGAUUGCGACAUUGAGGAGCUUCGCCAGAAAGCCCAGGAGGUUUUGAGGAUCGGCCUCUGCAAGAUCAUCCACAGCAGCGGGGCCGUGCUGCAAGGCACUGUUCGCACUGCAGGCCUUUGCGAUGGCGAGGCCAUCAGUGCGCUGGCCCGCCCCGCCGAGCUUUUCGCCUCCUGCCGAGCCUUUGCGCUGCUGCAGGGCGACGGCUCAGUUCUCACUUGGGGUGCCCCUGAGUUCGGCGGCGACAGCAGCGCCGUUCGGUCCCAGCUGAUGACUGUGGAGCAAAUCGCCUCCUCCUUGGGCGCCUUUGCCGCUAUUCGUGGCGACGGCUCCGUGGUCACGUGGGGCCACACUGCUUGCGGUGGUGAUAGCAGCGCUGUUGCAGCAUCACUGCGCGAUGUACGACAGGUCAAAGGUUCACUGGGUGCCCUGGCAGCGCUGCGCACUGAUGGGUCCGUGGUAAGCUGGGGCAACAAGGACUGCGGUGGCGACUCUUCCCUGGUGCAGGAGAAGCUGACGUCCAUAAAGGAGAUCGCAUCUUCGGGUGGUGCCUUCGCCGCCAUCCGCUCGGAUGGUUCGGUGGUGACUUGGGGCAAGGCGGAGUCUGGGGGUGACAGCAGCGCUGUGACGGGGAUGCUCACGCAGGUCCAGCAAGUUUGCGGCUCCGGCGGUGCCUUCGCAGCGCUGCGAUCCGACGGCUCCGUAGUGACUUGGGGCGCGGACUACUGCGGUGGAAGCAGCCGUGAGGUGCAAAAAGAUCUGCGAGACGUUUCCUGUCUCUACUCAUCCACCUACGCCUUUGCGGCCGUCUUGGCCGACGGCUCAGUUGUGACAUGGGGCGACCCAGAACGGGGAGCCGACUCAAGCUCAGUGAGAGCAAAACUUCGCGGUGUCCAGCAAGUCCGGUCAACUUUGGGCGCUUUCGCAGCGCUCCGUUCCGACGGGUCGGUGGUGACAUGGGGCCGCGCUGAGAGUGGAGGAGACAGCUCUGCUGUACAAGCCGAUCUGUCGGAGGUGGUGCAGCUCCGGGGUUCCAGUGGGGCUUUCGCCGCCUUAAGGUCGGAUGGCUCGGUUGUUACCUGGGGACUGGAUUUCUUCGGCGGCGACAGCAGCAGUGUCCAAGUCCAGCUGAAGGAUGUGCAGCAGAUCCAGGCCAGCGACACUGCUUUUGCCGCCCUGCUUACGAGCGGCUCGCUGGUAACUUGGGGCAAUACUGAAGGUGGUGGCGACAGCCGCUCUGUGCGGGAAAAGCUUCUCUGGCGGAAGUGGCGGAGGAUUACGGAGUCCGCCAAGCGACACUGCGGCUGUCCAAGUCCUGCUUUCGUGGAGGAUCUUUCGGAAUCUCACAGACGGAAAGAUGCCCGGGCGAGGAGCGAGCCAGAUCCUCCAGCUGUCGAUAUGUGA